AUUGUCACACUGAAUAAACUACAUUGUUUGAUGAGUCAUUUUCCUGUUGAUGCAGCAAAAAAGCUCAUGAAGGAUCAAUUAGUUGAUGGUCUAGAACUUGAUGAAGGAAUUCCUAUCUCAAAGGAGCAAUAUCCAUCAUGUCUCCAUAGUAGAAUGAUGAGGAAAGCAAUGUCUAAGACCAGGGAAAAUGAUGCAUCAGAGAGAGUAGAUGAUCAAGUCCACAGUGAUAUGUGGAGACCAGUGAUGAUUGAGACACCCCAGCACAAGAAAUACUAUGUCACAUUUACAGAUGAUGCAUCAUACUAUUCUGUAGCUAUGCUACUCCACUCAAAAAAUGAAACAUUACAGUCAUUUAAGGAUCUUGAGAUGAGAUGA